GUGGGGUGGGGGCACUCGUAUGCAGCACACUGUGGGCCGCUUGUGUGAGCGCGUGCGUGUACGUACGUGUUUGUGUGCGUGCGUGCGUGUUCGAGUCCGCGUCGUCCAUUGUUGCUCGGCUCCAUCCCAGCUGCUGUACCGCGCAGGCCCGAAGUAGCGCAGCCGCUCUGAGCAGCUGUACCCCGGGUUCCGACAAAGGCCUCAGUCAUGGACGACCACACGGUUCACCAGACGGAACACAUGACCACCAUCGAGCCCAGCGCCGUCAGUCAACAGGUGCACGUGACCACCUUUGCCGACGCGUCCAUGAUGACGGCCGACGAGGACUCCAGCUCUUCGCCCGACGACGAUCCCUACGACGACGCGGAUAUCCUCAACUCGGCCGGCAACGACGAGGUCACUGCCCACCUGGCCGCCGCAGGGCCCGUCGGCAUGGCCGCCGCCGCCGCCGUGGCGACGGGCAAGAAACGGAAGCGGCCUCACAUCUUCGAAUCCAACCCCUCCAUCCGCAAGAGGCAGCAGACCCGUCUCCUCAGGAAGCUGAGGGCCACGCUGGACGAGUACACCACCCGCGUGGGCCAACAGGCCAUCGUGCUGUGCAUGUCGCCCAACAAACCCAACCCGGUCUUCAAGGUCUUUGGCGCUGCUCCAUUGGAGAAUGUGGUGAGAAAGUAUAAGGGCAUGAUGCUGGAGGACCUGGAGAACGCCCUGGCCGAACACGCCCCCGCUGGGGGGGAGCUGGCGUCCGAUCUGCCCCCCCUCACCAUCGACGGCAUCCCCGUGUCGGUGGACAAGAUGACCCAGGCCCAGCUGCGGGCCUUCAUCCCGGAGAUGCUGAAGUACUCGACGGGCCGAGGCAAACCCGGCUGGGGCAAGGAGAGCUGCAAGCCCCUCUGGUGGCCCGAGGACAUCCCCUGGGCCAACGUUCGCAGCGACGUGCGUUCUGAGGACCAGAAACAGAGGGUGUCCUGGACGCAGGCGCUGAGGACCAUCGUGAAAAACUGCUACAAGCAGCACGGCCGCGAGGAUCUGCUGUACGCGUUCGAGGAGCAGCAGAUCGGCACCACGACGGCGCAGCACCACUUGGCCACCGCGCAGAGCAUCGCCCACCUGGUGCCCUCGCAGACGGUGGUGCAGACCAUCAACAACCCGGACGGCACCGUGUCGCUCAUCCAGGUCGGGACGGGACACACGGUCGCCACGCUGGCCAACGCCUCGGAGCUGCCCGGCGUGACGGUGGCGCAGGUGAACUACUCCACGGUGGCGGACGGCGAGGUGGAGCAAAACUGGGCCACCCUUCAAGCCGGGGAAAUGACAAUCCAAACCACGCAGGCCUCCGAGGCCACGCAGGCGGUGGCGUCGCUGGCUGAGGCCGCCGUCGCCGCCAGCCACGAGAUGCAGCCGGGGGCCACCGUCACCAUGGCGCUCAACAGCGAGGCAGCCGCCCACGCCGUGGCGACGCUGGCCGAGGCCACGCUUCAAGGCGGGGGCCAGAUCGUGCUGGCUGAGACGGCGGCCGCCGUCGGGGCGCUAGCAGGGGUGCAGGACGCUACAGGUCUGGUCCAGAUCCCCGUCAGCAUGUACCAGACGGUGGUGACCAGCCUGGCGCAGGGCAACAGGCCCGUGCAGGUGGCCAUGGCGCCGGUGGCCACGCGGAUCGACAGCACCGUGACGCUGGACGGCCAAGCGGUGGAGGUGGUGACGCUGGAGCAAUGAUCCGCCCGGGGCGGCGAGCCGUAGCCUACAGUUCUGAAAUUUGUAAAAAUGCAUUUUUAAGUCUACGUUUGCAGGCGGGGGAGUACGCGUGAUGCAGCCUUUGUUUACUUUGUAAAUGUUGAGUUUUUUUUGUUUGUUUAGGUAUUUAUUUGCUCAUGGAAUCUCACUGAAAAUGUACCAAAAGGCUUCCCCGGUAACUGCACUCGUCACAACUGCACUUGAUGACCAUACUUUUUAUCACAUCACCGUACUCAGGAAGUGCAUCAGGUAUCUAUUUUUUACGUCGGAAGGCUGUGAUGAAUUUUCCUCAAGACGAUCUCGAUGACUCUGAAAGAACAUUUGUUUGUUUUUGUAAACGCAUUGCACCCCCACAACUGUGCCAUCUUCAGUUUUGAAAUUAUGUAUUUCUUUCGCCAUCCGUGUGUAAAAUUGGUUUUGUGAGGAUAGACUGUGUACCAUGUUGUACAGAUUGUGUAAUAACUCUUGACAGGGAUUUGUGAUCAUGGACAAGAUGAAUAAAAGUGACUUGUAAC